AUGGCUCGCUCCGGUAGCGCAAUCUUGUUCGUGCUACUCGCUCUGGUUCCCUUGUCCGCCUUCGCCCAGUCUCCAAGUUCAUCUCCAGCCUCUUCGCCAACACAAUCCACCAGGCCGGUGCCCCCUCCUCCUCCUCCUCCUCCUCAUGCUCCUGAUCCCCCGCCGCUCGCCUCUCCAACCGCCUCGCCAAUAUCCUCUCCCACCCCCUCUCCUGCAACGGCUCCCGUACCGGCUCCUGCAACGACUUCCGUGCCCCCUCCCGCCGCCAUGACUCCGUCCUCCAUCUCCGCCCCUGCACUCUCUCCCACUCCUCCUGCCAGCGGCGCCACGUUGAACAGAGUCACCGUCGCUGGAUCUGCUGCUGCCGCCGUUGUUUUUUUCGCUGCGACUCUGUUGCUUUAG